CACAAUUGAAACCCAAAGAGUUUGGUCCGGUAACUUUAUCUAAAUCUAGUAUCGACUCAGAAUGAUAGCACAGUUUGCCACCAUUUUCUGAAGCAGACCACAAUUAGAUUACACUUUAUAGUCCUAAAAAAGCAGCAGGUCUUUCUUCCUCUCUUGGCUAUCAGUUUGGCGAUGGCGACAGUCCGCAUGAUAGAUAUAGCCGUUAACUUCACAGAUGGAAUGUUCAAAGGACUCUACAAUGGGAAGCAGUGCCACGUCUCCGAUAUACCCACCGUUUUGACCCGGGCUUGGGCUGCCGGCGUCCACCGCAUCAUCGUCACUGGUGGAUCACUUGAGGAAUCAAAGGAAGCUUUAACAAUUGCACAAACUGAUGCAAGGCUUUUUUGUACUGUGGGUGUGCACCCAACUAGAUGCAAGGAAUUUGAUGAGAGCGGGGAUCCAGAUAAGCAUUUUCAGGCGCUUUUGUCAUUGGCCAGAGAGGGGAUAGAGAAAGGGAAGGUGGUUGCAAUUGGUGAGUGUGGACUGGACUAUGACAGGCUUCAGUUUUGCCCUCCGGAAAUUCAAAAGAAGUAUUUUGAGAAGCAGUUUGAAUUGGCACAUGCCACUAAGCUGCCCAUGUUUCUGCAUAUGCGUGCAGCUGCUCAAGAUUUCUGUGAAAUUGUAGAAAGAAAUAGGAACAGAUUCACUGCUGGGGUGGCCCAUUCAUUUACUGAUAGUUCAGACGAUUGUGAUAAGCUUCUUUCCAUCAGCAACAUGUAUAUAGGUGUGAAUGGUUGCUCUUUGAAGACAACUGAGAAUCUUGAUGUUGUGAGGGGCAUUCCUGUCGACAGAAUGAUGAUUGAAACAGAUUCUCCAUAUUGUGGAAUCAAGAACAGUCAUGCUGGGAUUAAAUUUGUGAAGUCCACAUGGCCUUCUAAGAAGAAAGAGAAGUAUGAUCAAGAGUGCAUUGUUAAAGACCGCAAUGAACCUUGUUUGGUUCGGCAAGUUCUUGAGGUGAUAGCUGGCUGUAAAGGAAUCAGUGAUGUAGGUCAGCUGAGCAGGACACUGUACCAGAACACUUGCAGGGUUUUCUUUCCUCAAGACUUGGAUUCUGCUGCAGAUUCUUUACUUGCUGGGCACGACCCUCAGUGAUGCAACUAAGUUCCUUCUUGCCAAAGGUCAUUCAGUUCCUUUUUUGCUGUUGUGAUAUUCUGCGUCAUCUUUCUUCUUCUGCAAAUGUCUUUCAGCAUAGGUGGUGGAUAGUAAUCACAAGAGUUGCAUUACAUUUUGUAUUUUAUUUGCCUAGAGCAUCAAUAUCUGAAAAUUGUAAUUCAUUUUGUUCUUGAGUUGAGGGGGGAUAUCUUGUUUAAGAGUUCAGAAAGAAUCUGAAGCUGCAUCAAGUUCUAAUACAAAGUAAACCAUUUUGAUUA